UUACUCGAACCUCCACCUGUAUUUAUCCACACCCUUUGCGUGUUCUUACCCGUGUAUAUGGCACCAGCAAGAAACGCCUCAAAGAUGAAGCAAGGAACACUGAGUUUCCACACUGCUAAACGGACCAACUCCGCCCUUAACGCGAAAUCCCAGAAACCUGCAGCCUCAGAGUCUGAUAUAGAUCUACCCAGUCACCCUUCUGGCGAAUUCUCGCCCUCCAGCAUCCCGGCUAAGAGGACUCGAGAUGGUCGAGAUGAUGUUCAACCGCAAAGGAGACCGAGGAAGAAACACACACUGAAGAAAGUAGAGGGCGUUCCCGCUACUCCUGAGCGGGAAACCCUCGAUACGGAAGAUAAGGCUGGCCGUUAUCGUAGGUAUUAUAGAGAAGCUAGGGAGAACAUGGGUCAUACGCAAUCCAUUCAUGGAAAUGGUGGGAACAAAAUCAUCCAGAUGCUUCGUUUCUUUGACAUGACCUCUGAGUAUGGGCCAUGUGUCGGGAUGACGCGACUAGAGAGAUGGGAAAGAGCUGAAACUUUGGGUCUCAACCCACCUCCGGAGGUUCGGCAGAUUUUGUUAACGAAGGAGGGCGUGGAGAAAGAAGAAUACGCACAGUGUGUGCUAUAUGGCGAGGUGUAAUUUAGCAAUUUGUGUUUGUAUUCCCUGACCGUCGUGGGACGGGGAGCUCCCUGUUGUAUACUCGUGUACUUAUCGUAUUGUACGGUGCGCAUCUAGCCAAGGAUAUUUUAUUGUGCAGCAUUCAUUUCAGAAUGCUCAAGAAUGACAUGUGAUACUUCUCC